AUGGAUCCUCAGCAGCGAAUAAUGGUGGAUACAUCCUAUCAGGCCUUCGAGAAUGCUGGCUUUAAACUUCCGCGGUCCAAGUAUGAAUUUGGACUCUGCUUGUUCGAGCAGCCUAGGCGCUUUGCACAUCGCCUGUCAGGAUCGGCCGAAUGGCACAUUAUGAUUAUUAGGAGUGUUCGACAGUACCGCCAAAUCUACACGCUCCACGCACUCAUUGGCAGCCGUAAUGCCGUCGUGAUAGUUGAUAACGCAUUGCACUAUCUGAACAGCACGGACUCGACGGCCACGAUUGCACUGUGGACUUCUGUCUGGGGCGACCAGCCGGCUUCCCUCGAAUACAUCAUAACAAGCCAGGAGCAAAAGUUCUGUAUGAGCUGGGAUGCGAGUGGUCACAGGUUACUGUGCGGGCGCAAUAAGCAACGAAAUAACAGUGGGAACUGCGUUCCAUCGCUGCCGCUUGGUCAGUCGGCUACCAAAACUGCAUCAGUCGCCUCAAGCAAUGCUAGCAGUGGCUUUGAGCGAGGACGAUGUUCAGCCUUUCCUGGCCAGGCUAAAAGGAUCAUGGGGUCUGGACAGGAAACUCUUCAAGGAUACUUCAGUGCCAAUGGCAUCGAAUAUCACUGGGAUCGUUAUCCCUCCCCGGGCAUGCUGCGUGAUCCCGAAUAUUGA